AGUGAAGAUUUCUCACCCGUCUGGCUGCCCGAGAAACUACAGUCCGGAGCCACUUAAAUUGCGGCACAGCUUCGCUUGCUUGAACAGCAAUACUUCUGGAACGUGAGAGCAUAUCUCUACUCAACCAAACACACAAUCGAUCGAAGGAGAGUAGAUAUACAAGCUGGAGAAUUCAGACUUCUAGUCUGCUAGAAGACUCGGGAACAUGUCCUCAGGCUCGAACAGUCCACCAGAUGGUUACUUCAACGAUCUUUCGAGGCCGACAGAAGCCAAUGGACGUAACAAGAGAGCACGGAGUCCAGCCGGUGAAGCGAACGGUGCAGCGGAUCCAGCAAGUGGAGGAGACUCGAAUGUGCCAAAACCGAAGAGAAUAGCAUGUAUCAUUUGUAGGAAGAGGAAGCUCAAAUGCGACGGAACCAAGCCGAGCUGCUCAACAUGCACGCGCUUAGGACAUAGUUGUGCUUACGAUGAGGUGCGAAGGAAAUCUGGCCCGAAGAGAGGAUAUGUAAAGGCAUUAGAGGAGAGAUUGAAGCAGGUCGAAACGCUUCUCAAAACUCAAGAUCCUGCGGUGGUGACACCAGAACUACCACAAACAAGUUUUGGCAAUGGACAACGAAAUGCCAGUGGUGUUGGCCUCAAUUCAGUACCGGCUGGAGACUUCAAUAUUUCAAACACUGCGUUAAACAUUGGAAAUGGGGUUGAUACGGAUCGGUGGGGUUUCAAUGGAGAAUCACCCUCUGCUCCAAUUGACAACAUGGCAUUUACAGCAGAUCUGAAUAUGGGUAUGGGAAUCGAUGACAACACAUUUACCUGGGAAAUGAUUGGACUUGGGUUGGAGGAACCGCUUCCUCCUCAAGACACCAUCGAUGAAUUACAUCAGAUAUACUUCGACAAGAUCCAUCCUUCACUACCUAUGAUCCACAAGUAUCGAUACUUGGCGGCCAUGAAUUUAGCACCAGGACAACGUCCUCCUGUGGCAUUACGGUACGCUAUGUGGACGUUAGCUGCAUCAGUUGUCGAAAAAUUCAUGGACCUCCGAGAUCAUUUCUACCAAAGAGCUCGAAAGUACAUGGAGGCCGACUAUUUGAAAGGCCAUGGGGAGCAUAUGAUCUCUAUCGCUCAUGCGCAGACGCAUUCUCUCCUGGCAUCUUAUGAAUUCAAGAUGAUGUACUUCCCACGAGCAUGGAUGAGUACAGGCUCAGCUAUUCGAUUGUGUCAAAUGAUGGGCCUGCAUAGGUUAGACGGCGCGGGGUUAGAUGUCAAGAUGUGUCUUCCGGCACCCCGAGACUGGACUGAGCGAGAAGAGAGAAGGCGAACGUUCUGGAUGGCUUUCUGCGAGGACCGAUAUGCAAGUAUUGGAACGGGUUGGCCCAUGACUAUCGACGAGAAGGACAUUCUUACCGACAUGCCAGCUUCAGACGAAGCUUUCGAAAUGAGCAAGCCGGAACGCACCUUAUCACUCGCUGAAUCGAUGAGUCCUACUGGAGCUUCCAAGCUUUCGCCCUUUGGAGGAGUAGUUUUAAUGGCGUGCCUUUUCGGACGAAACCUGAUUCAUUUGCAUCGUCCAGAUGCUGACGAGAAAGACCAUGAUCUGAAUGGCGAAUUCUGGAAACGCCAUAGAAAUAUGGACAACAUUCUUCUCAACACAUCAUUAUCUAUGCCAUCUCAUCUCAAACUGCCCAACGGGCUAGCGAGUCCCAAUAUCAUUUUCACGAAUAUGAAUAUCCAUACCUCAACCAUCUGUCUCCACCAAGCUGCCAUUUACAAGGCCGAUAAGAACAAGCUUCCUGCUUCUAUUAGCGCUGAAAGCAAAAUUCGUUGCAUCACGGCAGCGAACGAGAUUGCAAGCAUUAUGCGAAUGAUUUCUCAUAUGGACUUGUCAUCUAUGAACCCCUUCAUCUCAUUUUGUCUAUACGUAGCUGCCCGCGUCUUCGUGCAGUAUUUGAAGAGUCGCCCCGACGACAGCCAGACGGGAGAUUCCCUUCGAUUUCUCCUCUCUGCCAUGAAUGCGCUAAAGAAGAAGAAUCCUUUGACCGAAUCAUUCUUAGUCCAACUUGAUGUGGAUCUUGAAGGUCUCGGUAUGCGAAACGCAAAGUACAAGUCAGUGUUUGCAUACAGUGAAGACAAUCUUGGGAUUUCCAGUGCAAAGGCACCUCGAAUCGUGAAUCAUGGCUUUCAAACCGGUCUGCCCAAACAAACCAACGAGUGUUUAUUUAUGAGGUCGGUUGAGGAUGAUGGGACAGCUAUGGAUGAUAGGGCUCCUGCUACUAGCAAUCAAGAAGGCGACCCAACAUCGGCGUCAUCAUCUGUUCCGCGCAACGACAGCUUCGGUGAACACCCAAAUUGGAUGCCCAUCGAUCAAAGUGGGAAACACGGGGAUCACGUACAGCGAACACUUCAAGGUCUUGCCCUAGGUGAUAUCCCACAACCAAAUUAUCCUACCAGAGACGUCAACGGAAGUGGUUACGGUCCUAGCGACAACAGCACGGGGGCAGAUUCGGGUUUAUCUCCUGACACUACGCAGUCGAGCUCGAAUCGUCCGACUCCAAACGCUUCUACGCCUUCGGACACACGCUCGAAUCUUCAGAAUGGACAGGCUGGCUCCGGUGCAACAUCUUUCUCGACUAGCCCAGCCUCUCAGCAAAGUCGUGUUCCAACUACAGAUGGGAGAGCAAUGUCUUCAUUCUUCUCUGGAGCGCCGGAUUAUACCGGUAUCGUCCCGAGUACGGGCAUGACGCCAGGCAACGAAUUUUCUAUGCCGGAAACACCUGGAAGAGGUUUUGAUGUUCCAAGUGGCUGGGAAAUGAGCAACCAAACAAACACGGGCUUGACUCCCGUAGGCGAGGGGGUGUUCAGACAGCUAAUGGGAUUGGGUCCCAUGGAUCCAAUGGAUAUUGGCUGGGAAGCCGGUUCUUAAAACAUACUCUCAACUCAAUAUCUCUUAUUUCAUCAACAUGGGCUUGAUGUCACGAACUCAGCAAGGUGAUGGGAACAGGCGUUUGGCACGAAUCUCCUUCCCGAAUAUAAGUUCACAUUUAAGGUUUUGGUACUCUGCU